CUCUAGACUCUAGACUCUAUAACUAGUAACAAUAUUUUAGACUCGACUAAUCUAGAUUUCUAGAUCUAGACUCUAGAUUAUGACUAUGAGAUUAUAAGGAGUCCUACUGUAAGAUAUGGCUGAAAUGGAGCACUGUAAAGGAGCUGUCAUAGAGGCCCUGAAAGAAACAUUUUUGAAAUAUUUACAGCCAAAAGUAAUCCUUGAAAAAUUUAUUGCCCUUGGAAAACUAAAAGCAAAAGAUUUUGAUCAAACUGAGGAUGAUAGAGAACAAUUGGUGCAGCUGUUUUUAGAGUGGCUUCUUGAUAACAAUGAAAGUACUCAGCUGGUUGAGCUCUUUGUUUCAUCAUUGAAGGAGAAUUUAAAAGAAUCAAUGGUAAUUGGAAGCACACACAGAGGAAAUGGUUUACAAAGACCUUUUUAUGAAUACUUUCCUGAUGUUUUUAAUAUGAUUGGUGGUACUUUGAUACAAGCUCUCAACAGAGAAGAUUUAGAUUACAUCUUUGAUAAAAUGAUGGCCUUAAAUCUUCUUUUAAAGCAAAAGUUAACAAAUAGUGAAAAGGAAAAAAGUGAUUAUGUGUACUGCUUACAGUUAUUCAAUUCAGUUAGAGCACGAAAGCCAGAUUGGCCCUUUCACUUUAUUGACAUUAUAGCAACCAGAAAACCAGAAAUUCUGGCUUUGUACAAUGAGGAAAAAAAUACUAUAGAAUUACAAGCUCUCAACGCAUCAACAAUUAGUGAAUCUUCCUCCUCCACAUGCAAUACUAAAGAGAGCAAUAGUUCUGAUACUUUAAAUGGCACCAAGAAUGCUGCAGAUUCUUCAAUCUCUGGUAUCAAUCAGGCAGAUAUUGACUUACAGCUAAAAGCUCUCAAUGCAUCAACAAUUAGUGAGUCUUCCUCAUUGACAUGCAAUACUAAAGAGAGAAAUAGUUCUAUCUUAGAUCACUCAGAGAAGGAUGCACCUACACAGCCUUCAAUCUCUGAUUCACAGUUAAAAGUUCUCAAUGCAUCGACAAUUAAUGAAUCGUCCUCCUCCACAAGCAAUACUAAUGAGAGCAAUAGUUCUGAUACUUUAGAUCACACCAAAAAUGCUGCAUCUACACAUUCUUCAAUUUCCAGUAUCAAUCAGGCAGAUACUACUAGUACAGUAGCUGGCAACGCUUUGCCAGAAGAAUAUGGUUCUCAAUUAGGUGUUAUCAACAUUUCAUCUGCUGGGGAAACUUUGCCUUCUGUUGAAUCUACAGCUUCUACUAGCAAUAUUGAAAAUGAGAAUUAUUGUGCAAAUGUAAAUCAUACCACCAGCACUGAAUCUUCCUAUCCUUCAAUAACUUCUGUUGCUACUGAUGAAGACAUCACUAAGAAUAAAUCUACAAUAAAAAACUUAGAAACUGGAAUGCAAAAAAUUGGUAUUUCUGUACCUCAUCCAAUAUCAGAUGACUAUAAGCCCAAGAGAGUUGUAGGCCCUGCAAGUAUAGCAUCAAGUGGCUUUUCAUCACUUGCUGAAUUAUCUUGGGAUUACACAGACACCAAAAGUAAUCUCUCAGGUAAAAGAGAGAUAACUGUAGAAGAGAGAAAUUCACCUGAAGUAAACUCAUUGUUGAAAAAUGGAGUAAUUGAUGAGAAUUUACUGAAAGUUGAAGAACAUGACAACAAACCAACUCAUAUCCAUGAUGCACAUAAUUCUGACAGUGAAAAUGAUUUGGAUGAUAGUGAAACCUUAAAUUUAGGUGUAAAAAAAUUGAUAGCAGAUUCUGAAGCUCCUCCACUGAACCUACGCCAGUAUCAGCUAGAGCUUGCAACUUAUGCUGUCCAAGGUUUCAACACAGUUAUUUGUGCACCUACUGGAUCAGGAAAAACUAGAGUAGCUACGCAUAUUAUACUGGAACAUCUCAAAAAAGAUAAAAGAAAAACUGUUGCCUUCCUGACCAGAACAAUACCUUUAACAAUGCAGCAGUACAAAGUUUUGAGCAAAGCAUUAUCUAAUUAUUCUGUUACACACAUCACAGGCCAAAGUCAAGACAGCUUGGAACUCAAAACUUUUGUUAAAAGAAAUGACGUAGUUGUCCUGACACCAAUGAUUCUGGUCAAUCACUUGAGAAGCAAAUCUGUACGCUUGCGCAACUUCUCCUUACUGAUCUUUGAUGAAUGUCAUCAUACUAGAAAAGAUGAACCUUACAACCUUGUGAUGUUCAUGUAUUUAAAGACCAAGUUUAAAGGCAGCGAGAAAAUGCGGUCUAAUCUACCUCAGAUUGUUGGCUUAUCAGCAACCAUUGGAAUUGACAGAGCCAGGAAUGUAACAGAAGCAUCAGACAACAUUUUAAAAAUAUGUGGCAAUCUGGAUGCUCCUUACUUAUCCACUGUCAAGAAAAAUAUAGAAGAGCUUAUCAGGCUUGUUCCUAUACCACAAGAAUUUGAUUUUCAGCUGAAAGAAAGAGAUGCUAAUGAUGCAUUGAAUAGAGUAAUGUCUGUCAUGUCAAAGCUGGAGAAACAUGCUGAAUAUGCUUCAAAUGAAUUGAAUGAUACAGAAAUCAAAGAUUUAGUUAAAAAUGCACCAAGAAAUAAAAAAAGUCAGGAUUAUGGCAAAUGGACUGUUGACCUGAAGAGUGCUGCUAAAUCAGUGCCCAUAGAUGACAAAUAUCGUGAAACAAAGGAGCCUGUUAGGACACUUAUUAUAAUUGCUGAUUAUCUUUGGAAUUACAAUGUUGCAUUGGAAUCUCACGACUUAGUGGAGUUGAGAGAUGUAAUGGAUUAUUUGAAAAAAAGAUUUGAAAAAUUUAGUAACAAAAAACAAAGAACUGAAAAUGAAGAUACCUUUUAUUUAUAUUUUCAAGAUCUUAUAGACCUUGUGAAACAAAGAUCCGAAGAGGGUAAUCCUAACUUGAGUACACUUGCAAAGAUUCUUCUAAUAAAUAUAGUUAAAAAGGGAAGUGAUUCACGAGGUAUUAUCUUUGUAAGAACAAGAGCACUGGCUGAAGCUUUAUCAUCAUGGCUAAAGAGAUGUGGUAUUCCAGAAUUAGAAGAGUUAAAUGCUUCUGUUUUUACAGGCACCAAUGCUAAAGCAGAGGAAGGAGGUAUGUCUCAAGUUCAACAAGAGGACACUAUCAGAGAGUUUCGUGCAGGGACAAUUAAGGUUUUGGUAGCAACCUCAGUGGCUGAAGAGGGUCUAGACAUUCCAGAUUGCAAUCUGGUUGUUAAAUAUAAUCAUGUGGGAAAUGAGAUUACCACAGUACAAACAAAAGGUCGUAGCAGAAAGCGUGGUGGAGUUGCUUACCUUUUAGGUAUGGACAAUAUUUUAAGAAAAGAAUAUGUCAACAGAGAAAAGGAAAAACUAAUGAAAAAAUCUUUUGUCAAAAUUGAUGAUAUGAGUUUGGAAGAAAGAGAAGCUUUUAUUAAAAAAUACCAACUGGAGAUUAUUCAGGAAGCAGAGAUUGAAGAAGCUUUAGCUGCCAGAAGAAAGAAACAGUUCAAAGAUGUCGAUUUUACAAUGGUUUGCUCUCUGUGUCGAAAAAUUAGCAUAGAAAAAAAAAAUAUCCGCUUAAUAUUUGACAAGUUUAGAGUUUCAAUAGACAGAGAAAUAUUAAAAGGACAAUUUAUGGAGUGUAUUCCUAUGAGGUCACAAUUCAUAGAUGAGAUGGAACUAAUUGGCCCAGUGUUCUGUAGAGGGCAGCCUAGAGAAGGAGUAAUUUGUGGUCAUAAACUUGGCACAAUGGUCAAAUAUGGUGGUCUUCAUUACUUUGCUAUAGGAAUAAAAAAUUUUGGAUUUUACAAAAACAGUCAAGAGAAACUGGAACACUACAAAAUGUGGAAGAGUGUCCCCUAUUUCGUUGAAGAUUUGAGCCAUGAUGACAUAAAAAAAUAUGCUGAUAUACCUCUUGAAGAUAGCAAUGCAGUUGACCCUGAGGAUGAUGAAGAUUCUAGUGAUGAUGAUGAUAACAUAAAAAAGAACAGAAUUCCUCUGAUUGUCCAGAGUAAAAAAACUACUGAAGAUGAAUUAAGGGAUAUUACAACACAUCCAGAGGAAAGUCCAGGUGAUGUUAGGAACUCUGUUACACACAGUGACAUACAGUCUUUGAAACCUACACCAGUGACUGGAUCAUUGGCAGAGAAAGUAGAGUCUGAAUUAGGAAAAUCUCCUUCCUUGACUUCAAAAAUGGAGGAUGAAAUAAAAACUGAAAAGAGCCCAACUCUAUCAAGUGUGGCUUGUAGUGAGAGUGGAAGUGAAGACUCAUUACAAAGUGGAGAAUGAUUGAAAAGCUCAUUGUUCUAACAAAUAAUAAUAAAAAAAAGUAAAGUUUCCUAUUCAGACCUUGUGAUAUAGUUCAUUUUAAAGUUAAGUAGCUCUUCAAUGAAGAGAAACAAAUUGUGGCUUGAAAUGCAUUGUGGUUGUGAAAUGUUUUUAAAUUUUGAUAUUUAUAUCCUGUAAUUUUAUGAAUCUAUAAAUAAUGAGCUCUACGUUAGGCUCAUCAGAGAAGACUGUGAUGAAACAAUCAACAUGAACUUAACAUUAACUAAGAGGUUACUUAAUCCACACCUCCCUCCUUCAUUGCCAUUUGUUGUUUUUGAUUACUCAAAUUUCAAAAUGAGAUAUUAUGUACAUUGUUCUAAUUAGAGCAAGAUGUACAACUAGUACAAUACUCUUAAUUGUAUAUGAAUUCAAGCAUGUGUAUAUUUUUUAUAGGUGAUAUGGUGUCUGGGCAAGUAUUGAAAGGUCAAAACUCCCCUAACCCCUUCCCCCCACACCUGUUGUGCAGAAAAUAUUUUUUUGGGAUCCAAAAUCAUGAAUAAACUAUGUUUCUCUCUCUUAGCAUUAUUUGUACAAAUUACUUAAGUCUUCAAUCUAAUCUUUUCAAUUUUGAUGACACUGUUGGGUGCCAUUUCUGGUACUUAUAACUAAAUAGUUUUUGAUUGUUUGAGGUGCUGCUGUUAAGUGCUUGCAGUGUGGACUGUAAAGACAACAAUAUCGAAUGGUGAUUGUACUCCUUCAUAUACUUUGUUUUUGACUGUCUGCAACGACCAUAACAAUGAAAUGAAAAAAAGUUUUUUUGGCUUGUAACUACAGCAGCUAUUCUAUUUUUAUUUGGCAAAACUGUAUUCUUUGAUUACUUCUGUAAAUAAAAUAAAAAGUAAUUUAAAAUAAAUAAAUGUAAACCAUUAUUAUCUUUUUGUUUUAAAGCAAGACAUAAAUAAAAUACAUUUUUUGAUAUGCAUAUGUGUUAAUUUGUGUUAUUGUAUUAUUUAAAAAAUAUUGUUCUCAUAUAUUUUUUUGGUGUUACAUAGGUAGGAAAAUGUCACCUAAAAAUAUAUCUACAGUUAUUGUCCAUUAACAGGUUAGAAAAUCCAGGAAAUUUUAACCAGUGUUAUUAACAGCUUUAAAACAAAUAUAUCAAAACUUAUGCAGUGACAUCAUUAAUCACCUAAAUUAACAUCUUAGAUUUUAAUAUGUGGCAAUAUUGUUAAUACUUUUCAAUGUAUGUGAUAUGUCAUGAAAAUGUGUUCACACCAUUGUAUGUAUUAUUAUUUUUUAUUUACCACAAAAACCACUCUCUAUUUUUUUUUAAGCACAAUAAAGUCUACUAUUUGUUUUGACUUGUAAUUAUUUUUACAGGACCUCACACAAAUAUUGCUGUAGUAUCAAAAGUGUACUAUUAUAGUAUAAGAUAUAAUGAAAGAUGUCAUUUUUUAGAUUUCUCUAUGUAUUUUAAAAGUUCCUUAGCCAACUUAAAAAAAUAUAUAAUUAUGUAGCUAUUCAUUUUGGGGAAAAAAUGUUUUUAGUUUUCUUUGGUCUGUCUGUCCAUCUGUCACAUUAAGAUCUCAAAAACUAGAACAGAUAUUUAGCAGCUUGCAAAUUACUGGUACAACAGCAACCUUUUAUCUUCAAAAGCAAACCAUUUUGUUUUCAAAAGUAAAUAUGCUUGCCUUUUUGUUUCAUAAAAAUACACCAUUUGAAAAUUAUUACUACUUUAUUAUUAAUAGUAAAACAAAUCACAGGCUGUAUUAAGUAAGGGAAGCAAUUUUUAUGAAAAUUUUUUAAACAUUCAUGCAAACGGUUUUGUUAUUUUUCCAAAUAAUGUUAUAAAAAAUAUUUAUGUUACUAAAUGUGUGGGGUUUUUUUUUGUUAUAUAAGCCACUUACCAAUUUACAUAACAUAUUUAUUUUUGUUUUAAAAAGAAAGAUUGCAUUUUGUUAGUAUAUAAUUGAAACUAUUUUAAACCAAAUAUUAAGAAGUGCUAUUUACUACUAAUGAUGCCCUAUUCACAAUAGCCCCUAUUCAUUUAGACUCUUAACUAAAGAGAAUGAUUUCUUCCAGAAGCCAUGAAUGGCCCUUCAACUAGCAACAAUUAGAUAAUCAUUUAAUAACAUCUGUUAGGCCAUAUUUAUACUAAACUAGAUCUUUGUAACAAUCAGUUUUCACUUAAUAAAUAUGAAUAUUAGCAAAGCAAUAACAAUGGGAAUUAGUUAUAUAACUUCGUUUUCUGCAGUAUCACACCCUCCUCUGGCCUAACAAAACAAUAUUGUCAACACUUUGUUCUGCAACCCAUUUAUAGGGUGGAGGCUUGAGGUAAAUUGAUGAUGUUGAUAGUUUGUAGCCAUAAUUUCUGACAUUCAUGCUGAAAUUAUUGAAACCUGAAUUUUUACCUUACUGUGUAGACCAUUUCGCCCCCCUCUGUAUAAAAUCUUUUUCUCUCGUUUGUUUGUUGAGCUGUAAUACAUAUAGUUUAUAAUUACCUACGUUAUUUGAUUGUUUAACAACUAUAAAAUGAGUUUCUAUUAAAUUUUAAAAGUCAGUUGUUUAUUACAAUUUAUCUACAUUUUACUGGGUUUACAUAGACAUCUGAUCUCUGCACACAUACUUAAUCUUUGGAUUCGAAGACAUUGCCAUUAAUAUAUAGGUUGUUUUUUUUCAACAAUGCAACCAUAAGUAAAUUACACUGUUUUUUUUAAUGGAUUAAAACUUGAAAACGUAUCAUUAAUUAAAAGCAAAAGCCUAUAAUGAUCUCCUAUUUAAUAAAAUUCUUCUUUGUGAAA